AUGGCCUACUUGUACGACAGUACGAGUCGAGAGGAGUUUGUCAAUACGUCUAGAUUGCAUAUUGGCGAGACUGGCAGGGACCUUCCUACCAGACUCAAUGAACACAAAGCCCAUGGCCGGAAGGGAGACUUCGAGAAAUCUUCCAUUGUCAAACUCUCCCACACCGAGGACGACCCGAUCAACUGGAGCCAAGCAGAACUACCCACUAGCAUCGACCGCUGGUACCCCCGACGCAUCAGAGAAGCCAUCGAGAUCAUCAAGCAUAACACUGUUCCCCAAGACAUCGGUUUCUACAUCAGCAACAUCUGGCGCCCCAUCCUCAAGUCCAAGUCCGAUGGGUCUCCUAUACCCUAG